UAUAAUGGAUUUUGUUUUUGGAGAACUUUGAACACAUGGACUCGUGUUAACAGACGUAGUGUCUGGCUGAUAUGUACUCGAUGCUUUCAAACUUUGUUUUCCUAUCAAUUAUUUACCAAUCAGUUGUUGCUGAAGGCACCAGUUAACUCUCAAGGAAUUUGUAUUGGAUAGGCACACCUCACAACGUAGUAACCUCAAUGGCUGAAUCAAAUCAAGAUGCGUUGUCCAUCGAGGCAUUUCGAGCGAAAAAAGCAGCCGGAUCGCCGGGAUCUGCCAGUAAAUCAACAGACAGGCAUCCACGCAAAGCUACUGCUAACUCAUCAAAUCCCCCCACUUCAAACUCAACAUCGGCGCUAUCAAGGUCAACAAGCGCAAGCAGAGCAAACUCAGCGAAGCGAUCUGUGUCAACUGAAAAUUUAAGUUUACAGGUAGGUAGAGAUCCUCCUCCUUUGGAUGAGAGACAGGAAAAGGUCAAGCUCCUCCGAGAAAAACAGGCCGAAGAGAGGCGGAGAAAGAACGAGGAACGGAGAGCGGCGUUUGAAGAAAGAAGGCGGAAAAAGGAGGAGGACGAGAAGGAAAGAUGGACUACGAUGAAGGACCAAGCAGCCAAACAAAAGACUAAUUCAGCACCUCUAAAACCAGGCACUGGUAGAAAACUGCCAACUUUACCUCAAGAAGGUAGUGCUAAGCGACCAGGCAGUGCUGUAGAGCGCCCAUCCUCUUUACCGAAGCCAUUGGCGAGACCCUCAAGUGCUGUAACUGCUAAGAGUCCUUCUCGUAAUAGUACCAGCGCUGACAGCUUAUCUAGUGGUUCAACACCUAAAGAAUCUCCUGCCACCACCCCUAGUGGUUUGCAACCAAAAAAGCCUCUGGGGGUCAGUAAGUCUGUGUCGGCAAGUAAUUUGAACAAUGCAUCUGUAGAGAAUCGAAGGGGUAGCAGUGGCUCUUUACCUCAAAGGCCAUCAUCUGGCACAAAGCCCAGGACACGGUCAACAUCAACACAUUCUUCAGUCUUGACACUAGAUAAGCAGAAUGCUAAAAACAAUAAAAGUCAGGAAUCACUGUUGCCAGGAGGAAAGCUCACCAAAUCUCACUCUACUAGUUCUAUUCACAGGGUUGGUGCAAAUAAAACUACUUCUGAGAAAAGCCAAAAGACUGAAACAAAGCCUAAAGCUGGUAUCACAGAUGAAGCAACUGCUAAACAGGCUUUGGCAGAGAGGAGAAAGAAGGCAAGAGAAGAAGCAGAAAGACAAGCUGCUCUGGAUAAAGAGCGACAGGAAGCAGAGAGGCUGAGAAAAGAAGAAGAAGACAGGAAAAGAGCAGAGGAAGAAGCCAAAGAAGAAGCAAGGAUGCGUGAAUUAGCUGAGCUUUUACGCAAGCAGGAAGAAGAGAGACUGCGGAUAGCAGCAGAGGAGAAAGAGAAGCAUGAUCAAGAAGAAGCAGAAAGGGCUGCUGCUGAGAAAAAACGUAAAGAAGAAGAGGAGCAGAAAGCAAAAGAAGAGGAAGAAAGGAAAGCACAAGAAGAAGAAGAAAGACGAAAAAAGGAGGAGGCUGCAAGACUGGAGAGGAAAAGGCGAGUAGAACAAAUUAUGAGCCGUACAAGACAAACAGCAAGUCCUGUCACAACAGAGGAAAGCAAUACUUCUGCUGCACAAGAGGCAGUAGAUCCAGAAGAUACUAAAAGAAAAGUUAAUGAAAUCCUCCAGAAAGUCAAAAGUCAAAGUGCAAUGCCCAGUCAGAUGGAAAACAAUUCUUUCUCGUUGGUUAACAGUGCUGAAGAACCAUCACAAGAGGGCAAUAAUGAGUUGGAUACUGUAGGAACAGUGAAUGUUACAUCAGACAAUACAUCAAUGGAUACAUCAGGCAACUCCUCAGCUGAAUCAACUUUUCAGCCUGUUCAUGUCAAUGGAGUCCAUGCUUCUGGUUCAGAUGAUUUGCAUAGUGUAUUAACAAAUGAUGAUGAUAACGAGGAGCAUGUGUCGUCUACACUUCCUUUGAUAAUAGUGGAACAUGAGACUACGUAUGCAAUAACUACAAAUAGAGUGACAAGUAAUGAGCAUGAAAAAGAGAACAUUUCAAAUCAAAUUAAUGAUGGGUCAUCAACAAUACAGGAAUGUACAAUCAAUGGGACACAACAAGUGUCUGAAAAUGAUGAACUACACAACACAGAAAACACUGUGAGGCAUGUUCCUGAAACCAGACAAGAAAUUACUUCAAGUAAUUCAGGAUCUUUAAGUAAAGAUUUAAAUGGUGUGGAGGAUGAGGAGGUGCUCUGGCAAAAAAUAGAGGCUACCAUGAAAGCAAGGCAGUCCUAUGCAGUCGAGACCCUUGAGAAUCUGGGUGUGGUUGCCGAAGGUGAUGAGGAUGACGACAGUGAAGAAGGACAGCUAUGGAAAAUAGUUGAAGGAAAGGCAAAGCUAGCAGAGGUUGUGUGACAAUAAGACUAGUAAAUUAAGACUCUAUAGUAAUGAUGGGAUGCAAGAUGUCCCAAGUUUUUUUUAAUGUAACUUAAAGCUCUGUUAUUGAAGAUAUGGCGUGUACAAAUUAAUUUUAAAGCAAAAAUUUGUGAAUUCUUCAAGUUUAUUUUAAGUUCUGUUCUUACAAAACGUUUUUACCAAAAAAGACACAAAAUUUUGAGUGACAAAUAUGUGAUGAUAUUGAACUGAGAGGUAAAAUAGUGUUUUUAUCAAACAGCAGAUAAAUACAAGGAGCAGGGAUUAAAUUUAUUAUUUUAGCCAUUUUUCCAGUUGUUGGCAAACACCUUUGUAAACAUAGAGGAUUGUUGCACCAUUUCUGAGACUUAGAUCCGUGUUAUUUCUUUUAAGUAUUUCUUAAUUUUUUAAUUAGUUUUAGUCUCUUGUUACAGCUUGUUUGUGGUUUUAUCUCAUCUGAAACUCUUCAAUUAAUUCCAAGAAUGAUAAAGACUAGUUGAACAAAACUGAGCCUGUUAGACUUCAGACUCUAUAGCAUAAAUGGAAAAAAAUACUGGCAGAAGCACCAACUAUUAUUUAUGAUAAAGAAUUAUUUACAGUUAAUGAAAGUAAACUUUAAGGUAUUCAGUUGUAAUUAAUCUGGGCGGAGACUAAAAAGGGCAACCAAGAAUGUUUCAGUGAGUUUCUUUACUAAGGUUCAGUUUUUUUUUCAUUUGAAAUUAGGAAGUGGGUUUGGCCCCAGUGUAAUCUGAACCAACCAAAAAAGUACUGGCCCCCUGUUAAAACUUUCUUAUUUUUGCCAUGUCUAUGAUUUGCAACCUCACAUGAUUAUUCUUGGAUCUUAGUUAAUUUACAGUAAAAGUAUUUAAGAAGGCAAGUUGUGGUGUUGAUUGUUGCUUUUCAAAUAACACGACUUGGUUAAGGAUAUAUUUUGAUGAAAGAGGCAGAAAAUGAGGUCUUCAGAGAAGUAGCAGUAUGCUUCUUUCUCAACCAAUGAAUUGUGUAAAUUGAAAGGCAUCUAGCUAGUUUCAUUGCAAGCAUUUUUAAGACUCAUGAAAAUCUUUUAGCUCAUGCA